GCUCGUCGGCGCUGGCGGGCCGAGCGCGGACGUGGACGCGGAAGUGGCGGGCGGGGAGCCGCGCCGGGGCCGGGGCCGGAGCCGCGCCGCCCGCAGGGCCCCGUUGCGGCGCAGGGCGGCGAGGCGGCGGGCCGGGCCCGCGCGAGGCCAUGGCGCGCGGCGGCGGCAAGGGCGUGAACCUGAAGGACAAGCUGGACGGCAACGAGCUGGACCUGAGCCUGUGCGACCUCAGCGAGGUGCCGGUCCGCGAGCUGGCUGCCCUCCCGAAAGCUACUAUAUUGGAUUUGUCCUGUAAUAACCUCAUUUCUCUGCCGUCGGACUUCUGUAGUUUGAUGCAUCUGGUGAAACUGGAUUUGAGUAAAAAUCGGCUUCAACAACUGCCCUUGGACUUUGGCCGCCUGGUCAAUCUGCAGCACCUGGACCUCCUGAACAACCGUUUAGUCACCCUGCCAGUCAGCUUUGCACAGCUCAAGAAUCUGAAGUGGCUGGAUCUGAAGGACAAUCCCCUGGAUCCUGUUCUCGCUAAAGUAGCGGGAGACUGUCUGGAUGAGAAGCAGUGUAAACAGGCAGCUGUCAAGGUACUGCAACAUAUGAGAGCUAUCCAGUCCGAGCAGGAUCGAGAAAGGCAACGGAAGCUCCAAGCAGAGCGAGAAAUGGAGAAGAAACGUGAAGCAGAACAGCGAGCAAAGGAGGCUCAAGAGAGAGAACUGCGGAAGCGAGAGAAGGCAGAAGAAAAGGAACGCAGAAGACGAGAGUAUGAUGCUCUGAGAGCUGCAAAACAGGAGAUGGAAAAGCAAACUAAAAAAGAAACUGUUCAGACUCGAAAGCCCUCCUCCAACGCUCGUCCACCUCAACCACCGAGGCGCAAGCACUCCUGGUCCCGGUCAGUGUUGAGGCUUCUGCUCUUCAUGCUGCUGUGCAUCCUCUGUACUUUGGCUGUCUGCAAGCUGACGGAGCUGCAACAUCAACCUCUGUGCAUCAGUGUGAACACUCUCUAUGAGGACGUGGUAGCUGCUCUGCAGAACCACAAAAGCCUGCAAAAUAUGCUUCACCAGAACUCACAGCAGUGAUUCUCCUGGAUGGGCACUUGCUUUGUCAGCAUCUCCUUCCACCAUCUACGCAGCCAGAAUUCCUAUGGAAUUGUGUUCUGAUGAAACUGCUUUUAAUCAGUCAGCAUUGAUCUGCUGGUCCACUCCGCACAGAGCAGAAUUACUGUUCAGAUCAUCUUUGCUGUGCAUGUUUCUCAGCUGGCCUGUAAUUCCCAUUGUUUGCCCACAUUAACUUAAACUUGUUAACACUUCUUACCUCCAAGGGAUUUUUACCUAGAUCGUAAUAUACAGAAAGCUGCCAAUUUACAGAAGUGUGUGGGGAAAAAACCAACAGCCUUUGGUUAUCUACAUAGCUAUAGCUCUGUAAGGGAGGUAGAAGGUUUUUUUAAUGCAUAUUCAUUUCUUCCUGCCAUUUCUAUUCAUGCUAAAAUUGGUGAUAUGGCUGUAUGGGGAUAAUAUAUGUAGGCCUACACCAGGACCAAUGACAAGUUUGUAGGAUGGCUGUGCAUCCAUAUGUUGGAGUGAAGAAGCUGAUGUACUAUUGAAAGGAGCUGAAAAUUUUCAAUACAACAAUUUUCGCAGCAA